GACCUAGUUCAGUACUCAAUGCUCAAUAGUAAACAUUGAUUACAAGCAACAAAUGUGUCAAUAACAUUUAAAAGCAUUAAAAUUAACUUUUCUGUACUUUAGUUAUGAUAUAUACUAAAUAACGUUCUGAUCGUGGAGGUAAUGAUGGUAUUAAUCAUUGACAGUAAUAAGGAAUGAAGUUAAUGAAAUGUUAAUUAUGAUUGAUUGCCGAUCCGAUUAGUGAUUAAAUUUAGUCAGUAAAGUACUAAGUCGAGCCAAGUUCAGAGUUGAGUGUACCUAACCACGGUUGUGCUGUACAGCAGUGUUAGCUUAACUUAGUAAAGAUAUAAAGAAAGUUAGUUUACCUAGACAUAACAGUAACUGCCUCACUCAAUAUUAUAAUUAUAUUAUAAAAUUUAGGCCUAAAAAUUUUAAUAAUUUUAUAAUUUUUUGAAUAAUAAUAAUAACAUUAUUAAUUAUAACAAUAAUAACAUGUAAUGGGCUGGUUUUGAGUUAGCGGUAAGGCCGGCGAUGUGUUCCACGGUAUAUAAAUAUAGGUCACGGAGGUUCCCCCAGGCAGUGGCGUAGCGAAGGUGUUUGGCGCCCGGGGACAAGAUCCAUUUUAAAGCGCCCCUUUUUCUUUUUUUCAACUCUCAAACCCAUUAUUUUCAUCAAUAAAAUAAUAUCAAAGCACAUUUUGGCGCCCCUAACUAGCUGGCGCCGGGGACAUCUGUCCCCCACUGCCCCCACCUCGCUAAGCCUCUGCCCCCAGGUCCAUUUCCGUCUACAGACACUAUAGUUCCAUACUAAAAAGAUUUCGAUGUUUGUAUUUAAAUAAUGGGUAAAAGUUGAGAAAGAUACCAGGGGUUUCCCAGCAUGGCCGCCAUCUUUGUUGAUAUGAUCCGUGAGAAGGUCACGGACCAUGUCAACAAAGAUGGGGGCCGAGUAAAAAAAAAAGUAGUGCAAAGACACGUGUUGUGGAGAAUGCGUUUUAUCAAACACUUACCGAAAGAUUGAAAAAUAAGCAAUUUUACAAGAAAAUUUAAUUAUCAAAAAACGAAGUGUCUACACGUCCGGGGCGCCGGACAAAUAGUGUGGGAGAUGUACGUCCGGCGAGCAUGUCACGUGACCGCCGGACGACUAGUAGGCGUUAUUAUUCCAAAGGAAAUAUCUACUAAGAAGAUCUUGUGUGGUCAUGUGGUAGUGUGGCCGCUUGACGAUAUUAUAUUUGUAGAUCGAUUCCCCGCAUGGGAACCCUUUUUUUUCCCCCCAUUUUAAUUAAAAAUAUUUUAUAUUAUAUUUAUAUUAUCAUGUUCAUCAGCAACAGUAGUUUUAUGAGGAGUUUAAAAAUAUUUUUAGCAAUUUUAACAAUUUAAAAUGUUUACUUUACAAUUUAAAAUCUUUUACUUUUAUUGGUUGCCUACUUCAUACUGAAUACUGGCCCCCAAUUAUAUUAUGGGUUGCUGGUACACAAACUCAAAUAACAAACUAAACAAAAAAAAUGUUUACAAGCCACUUUCACUUCAGUUUUUUUUUCUAUCAUUUGCUUCCAAGAUGCACAUUACUUGGUAGAGAAAUAGAUUUUAAAAUUAACAAUAGUUUUGAAUCAUUCGGGGUCACGUGACAAGGCUGAUGGACAAAAUAUCUCUCACCACUUUGUUACAGCGGUCGUGUGACUUGGUCGCCGGACAAAUAGUGCGGGAGAUAUACAUCCGGCGCGCCGUACGUAAAUACACUGCCUAUAUAAAAAGGAAAAAGCACAAAUUUAUAGUAUUUUUUUUAGAGUGCGUUUCGAGAAAAACGUUAACUUUAAAGGUUAGCCUGAAUCCUAAACCUAACCUGAACCCUAAACCUUUCCCUAACCUGAACCCUAAACCUAUCCCUAACCUGAAUCCUAAACCUAUCCCUUACCCUAACCUGAACCCUAAACCUAUCCCUAACCCUAACAACUUGAACCCUAAUCUGAACCCUAAACCUAUCCCUAAACCUAACCUGAACCCUAUAUCGAACCCUAAACCUAACUCAAAAUCUCUAAAACUAGCCCUAAAGCCGCAAGUAAGAACACAUGGAAUUUACACAAUCAGUCACACUGUGGCCCAAGAAAACUAUGAAAAUGAACAAAAACAAGAAAAAAUAGCCAAAAAUAAUUAUUAAAUAAAGAAUUAAUGAAAACCCAACUUACAGUUUCAUGAAAUACAUUUUUACACACUUUAUUUCAGUUUCCACGUUAAAUAAUAUCCAGAAAAUCAAUAAAAUACAAGGUCUGCUAUGCAAAAGUUACCCAAAAGUCGUUGAAACAAAAGACGACAAGUGAUGUAAUGUUUAACCACUCCUUUCUAUAUCCGCAUAAUUUUAAAGUACCCUAUAAGAAAAUUACUUUCUCUAUUUUUCAUUAAUAUUUCUAACAUUCUAAAAGUUCCACACUCCUAGUAUGAAUUUUAAAAACAAAAAAUUAAACUUUUCUUUUAAUCUUCGUUAAUUAUUCACAUGAACUCUUGUUCCAACUGGUUAUUAAAAUAUUCCUUCGCUGCACAAAUAUUGAAUUAACACGCAAAUGACGUCAUAGGUAUGCCGACUCUUCCUCCAAUGAAAAUAAACAAAGGGGAAUGACUCCUGCACAAUUAUUGAAAAAACACUCAAAUGUCGUCAUGGGUAUAAUUCUCAACAAUAGCCAAAUAAUGCAAGUUAUUAAUUUCUUAUUUAAUAUUUUUUGUUAAACCCUCCCCAGAGAAUUUCUAUGUUUCUUAUUUGGUAUUUAAAGCGAAGGGAGGGGUUUGGGGGAGACCCUUCCCAAUUCCUAGAAGAUCAUUCCAAAUGCAAUUUAAGCUAAAAGCAGUAGUCUGUAGUCUUCCUUUUGUUACCUAAAUUUCAACAUACGGGUAUUUUGAUUUCAAUUAAUCAAAAUACAGCAAUUUUUGCGGGCGUCAUUUUUUUCACCGCUGUUGGGUCUUGGGGUAUCAGCAAGGAUGUGUAAUUGUGUUUCUUUUUUCCUACCUUUUGAAACGUGUAAGUUGAAUUUUAAUACAAAUUAAUGGAAAAUUUCAUUUCAAUAUACUUCAUAUUAACCGAAUCGUUUAUGACGCGAGUAAUGCUCAAUAAAGAACAGGAAUAUUAUAACACAUCGUUCGGGUCCUUCAAAGAAUAGAUCUAUUCACCCUAAGUCCAGUGUUGGGAUUCCCCAAUGUGACGUCACUGCGCUUAGGGUGAGAAAACUCUUGGCAAAACCCAUACCAUUAACUCAAAAUUUACCCAUGUAAUGUUGUGUCAUUUUUAUUUUGUGUUCUUUUAAUUAAAGUUAAUAAAGAUUAAACUAAAAGUGAAAAAGAUAGAUAGUCCACUUUAAAUUUAAUAUAACAAUGUUAAAAAUUAAAAUAAUGUAUUUUGAUAUCAUAUUAUAUUAAAAAUUCUUAUGCCUAUGCACAGGCAUUCAUAAAGCAUGAUAAGCUAAGUAAGUCAUACAUUUACAAUACCAGUAGUUUUAAAACUGGACUAUAUCAUGAAUUUAGUAUUUAGGCUUAUGACUUGUGUAGUUUCUGAUGAAUUAAACUAAUUAAAUAUCUGAUCAAUUUGCUAAUUCUACUAAUGAGCUCAAUUCUGUAGUAAAUUAUUAAUCUUAUUAAUUUAUCUGUUUCUUUUCAGGAACCUUGCAACAAUGGAGACAGUUUACAAAUAUAUAUGUUAUGCCUUUAGAUUUUUGUUUUUUACCUUCACUAAUUUGUAUGCGCUGCCAUGCUACAUGGUGUGGAUGACACUGCUAACUCCUUUUCGAUAUUUGGCACCUGCUACUUACUGGAAAAUGGAGGCUUUCAUGUUUAAGAUGCUGCAAACAAUGGUUGUCACUUGGAUCGACACCAAUGGUUACAAAGGUAUUUAAUUCAGAUUGAUAAGGUACCGGGGUGAUUGAAAAACUCAGACAUUUAAAGUGUUUCCAUGAGCAUUGUACCGUAGCAAGAUAGAGGCUUGUCUCUAUGUGGAUAGUUUUAAAGAAUGUGAGAGUUUUUUUAAACCUUAAAAAAAAAAUUGAUAAAUAAAUUGGGUUUCCUUUCUCAUGAACUGAAUUAUGUCCAAGUGAAAUAUUGCUACAUUAAUUUAAUUUUUAAAGGUUAUAACUGACAAGUUGUGGCCAACAGUGAGUGCAACACCCUGUGCAUUGUCAAUCUCAAGUGUUAUUCUUUUGUUUUAAAUGAUAUUAAAUAGUUAAAAUUUAUAAUGGACAAGUAGGGUCAAACAGCAAGUGAAACACCCUGUAUAUUGACCUUAGAGGACAAUUUCAAGUGCUUAAAAUUCCGAGUGAAAUAUUAUGAAAUAUUUAAAAUCAAGUGGGAAAUACAAUAUUUGCAUUUGAUGAACCUAGAUAUUGAUUUUUAAAAUAUGGAAUUUUUUUAAAAUCAAAAAUUCAGUUUUAGAAUGUGGAGAUGACAUCAGCAAACUUCAAGACAAGGGCACAAUAAUCCUCUGCAACCAUCAGUCUACAGCGGACACACCUGUUUUAAUGCUUUCAUCUUAUGGGAAAGGAAUGGCAUCUGGUAACACAUUUUGGAUCAUGUAUAUUCUUUUCAAGUACACAAACUUUGGUCUCGUUUCCAUGCUCAGAGGAGACUUUUUCAUAGAUCAGGUAAAUAAAGUUUUGGAAAUAUUUUUCAAUAUUUAUAUUUCAUCAAUGUAAAAAUAUUUUGUUCUUUUUUAUCUAGUUAUGAAUAAAACACUAAGGCACAUAGCUGGCCAUUGGUUUUUAAAAUUUAAAUUAUAGUUGAACCUGUUAAAGGAAAUGAGGACUGAUAACUGUGGUAGAUUUUAAGCGCUCUCCAGUCCAUAAGCCCCAAAUUUUGGUACACCUUUGACUCAAGAUUAUGAGUCUUGCAAUGAAUGCCUUUUUUUUGGAGUUUCUAUUCCAUUUCCUUGGAGCCUUCAAUCAUUUCGUCAAUGUCGUAGAAAUUUUUUUCUACUAUUACUAUAACACUAAAUUUGAAGUAUAGGUACAAUAAAUCUUAUAGUUUUAUUUUAUUCGAGCAUCCAUAAUACAUCCAUUAAAUACCACAGUACAUUAACGAAUUGUAAAGAUUCAUGACAUAAAGCUGUGCAGCUCAAUGGUAAACAAGAGGAUUAAAAUACCGGUACUUUUAAACUUGUAUGCACCAUAAAUCUUAUUGAAAUAUCUUUACUCCAAUAAUUGGAAACAAUGUCCAUAAUAAUACAAUGUGUUUAUUUUCAGGGAAAAAACGUACGUCAAUUUCAGCUUGCCAAAUUGAAGGAACAUCUUCUCAAUUCUUACUUGCCACACAACCGCAAGUGGAUAAUUGUGUUCCCUGAAGGAGGCUUUCUAUAUAAAAGAAUAGAGGCCAGCCAAGAGUAUGCUCAUAAGGGUUUUGAUCUGAGUUUUUAAAUAUUUGUAUUUAAAUUACAUGUAAACAGAUUUUUUGUUUUAAUUGAUGCUGAUAUCAACAAAUCUAUUUUGCUAUAAUUUUUAAGUAUGUUAGUAUAUAUAUUUUAUUUGGAAUAAGCAGAACUUGAUCUAAGCCCAGGAAUGUCUUAAGUAAAUCAUAUUAUUAACUUACUCAUGUCUUCCCCUAGAUUUGCUCGUAAAUAUGGACACCCAGUUCUGCAACACACAACACUCCCCAGAAUUGGAGCAAUGAAAACAAUUCUAGACACAGUCGGCGUGCCAUAUCAACCCCAGGAACAGAAUAAGGAUACUGAUAAUGAUGUAAAUAAUUAUCAGCUGGGAGGUUCGUUGAUUUCAAUUAGAAAAUAAAUCUGACCUUGAAAGGUUUAUUUAUUUCCUUGAAUCGAAAUUAUCUUGACAAAGCUCUGUAACUUAAAUAUACAUUUUUAAAAAAUUUAAUGUCAACAUUUCAUUCUAUAGAUGCUUCAAUUGAAAUGUAAUUUUUAAAGACUCUAAGUGGAAUAAAGUUGAUCAAUUGCGUUUUCAUUUUAGUUAUUUUUAUUCUCUCUUCAUUAGACCCAUCAAGGCCAGUGAAAUGGGUGGUUGACAUGACCAUAGCUUAUAAAGAUAAAAAACCCUUAGAUAUGCUGGGAAUGUGCAUUGGCUACAACCCUCGAAAUGACAUCCUGCUUCACUAUAGGUAAUUGGCUGCCAGUUAGUUUGCAGUAGUUAAGAUAUUAUUUCACCACAUUCUCCUAUGAUGCAACUGUUUUUAUGGGUAGUUUUAAUUGAAAGCCUUUUUUUUAAAUUACUAAGUGUUACAUAAUGCACAAGACACAAUUUUUUAAAAAUCUUUUUUUUUCUAUUGGAGUGUUGCCAACACACCACAGUCCAGAGGGAAUUUAUUGCCCUUGCAAACUAUAGGCGAUUAUUAAAAAAUAAUGUAUCUUUAAUUGAAUUAAAUUGUAAAAAGAAAAUUGCUUUAAAUUAAUCACAAUUUAUAAAGUUCCAAGUUACUUUUGCUUGUUGCUGUUAUAUUUUUCUUUGGUUCUGUGCCAACUGUCUGCGUAACUGACAUUAAUAUAAAUGAAUUUAACACUUUAAGUAAAUUGGUCAUAGGUAUAAGGAGUAGUUGGGGGAGGUCAAGAGUGGGGUUGAGGGGGGAAUUUAUGGGGGCCAGGGAGAGGGUUUAACAGGAGGACUAAAGGCAAGGAUUGGGUAGCACUCUGCCUAAGAUUGAUGCUAACAGUUUAUCCAUUGUCUAACUCAUUCCUGACAAAUGAGCCACAUGUGCCACAAUAAUUUUCCCAUAAAUGACUGCCCAACCCACUGACAUUUUGCUGCUGUAUUGUGAUUACUCAAAGUGCUUAGCCAUCUAGCUACCAUACACAUUGGCUGCUAAAGCUUUCUGCUAUUUUAGCAAGACCACAGCUAUUCAUUAUUGAAAAGCAAUGUUUUUUAGCUGGGCUCAUUACUAAGUUACAAGCCUCAUAUGGCUUUCAAAGCUCUUGAGAAGUUAAUCAGCAAAACUUUAUGAUGAACAUUUAAAUGUAGAAUUAUUGAAAUCUUAUGGUUUGAGAUUACAUGAAUGAGACAAAAAAUUAAAAUUUAGUUCUAGUACAUCAUUAGUUAAAAGUGGCCAUUGUGAUGACAGCUAAUUUGUGAUAGGUAAUGGAAUUAUUUUCAUUUGAAUAUUAUUAAUUGGAGGUUCUUAUUGUAUCCUAAAGUAUUUUUACUUCCUUCAUGAGUAUCCAUAAUAUUAAAGCAACAAAAACAUUUGUAUUUUUUUUACAUUAUUUUUUUUUUCUGGAGUUGUGCCUCAUUUCUUAGGCACAUGAGAGGUCUUUACAUCAAAAGAAGGUCAGGCAGGAAUGAGUUAAUUACACUUUUAAAUAAAAUUUAAACUUUCAUAAUUCUUUCAGAAGGCUUUUUUUUCCAACAUGUUUUCUUUCCCACUCCACUAUAGAGUGUAUCGGGCUGAAGACAUCCCAAGAGAUGAAGCUGGACUAACAACCUGGCUGUACAACCUGUACUCCAAGAAAGAUGCCAUUUUAGACCACUAUUACAAGGAAGGUCGACUCCCUGAAGAUCUUUUCACAGAACAGUCAGAGUUCCCUCAGCUUGAAAAGUCACCAUUGAAAUUUGACUUGCUGCAGCAGAUUCUCAUUCACACUUUCUUUAUAACAUCUUGUUACGUUCAUUAUGUCUACCUAGUGAAGCCAAUAUUUGCCAUUUUUUCAUUUUUUCUCAGCUUUAUAUUUUAAGACUGAGUUUGUUAAAAAGUUUGCAUGUGAGACAAGGCCUUUUUAUUUUGAACUUUCCAAAACCACCUUUAUGUUUAGUUAUUUUUUUAAAGUCUCAACAGGAAGGAAAUAACACCUUUUAACUGUAUACUCAAUUUUAAAAAAAAUUAAUAUUUAUAAUCUUAAUUUAUAAAAAAGAAACAGCCAUCCCUAUCUUCCAACAGCACAGUUAUAAUUUAAUAAUUGUUGUUUUCUUAAAAAAUGUUUCUUUAAAUGUUUACAGUAAAUUGAUUAUAGUAUAAUUAUGGAUUUUUAAAAAUGUUAUUUCUAUUAAUCUCAUUACUUUACCAUAUCUAUUGUAAGACAUAGGUUCAUGAAAUUCAAAUUAAUUUUUUUUAAAUAAUUUAAAAAUAAAAAAAAAACAUUAUGGAAUUUUUUUAUUCUCAGUCCAUCAAUUUUUUUUUUUUAAAACUAUUGAUGGACCAAGAAUAAAAAUAAAAUUCAAGAAUUUCCAGUUUAUUACCAGGUGAGCUUGUUUACCUUGUUUUAAGUGUUUAUUUUUUAAUAGGCCAUUUAAUUUAAAUGCAUAGCUGGUUUGAAAGAUGUGACAGUUACAUAAUAUGAAACAAGGAAUAUUACAUCCAUAGAAACAGAUGGCCAUUGCUUUGAAAACAUUUUGAAUAUGUUACAAAUUAUAAUCAGUGUAAUUUUUUUUUUAUCAUUUAAAUUACAAGACAUUUACAUUUUUAGAUUACAUAAUUACUUUCAACAGAAUUAUAUUUAUGCAAGUCUUUCAGAUUUUGAGCCUAACAUAUUCUAAGACUAAAUCUCUAUUCUAGGCUGAAUAAUUUUUUUAAAAAUUUGUGUAUGUUAAUUCCUGAUUUUGACAAUACUCAACACUUUUUUGUUAGUAAUCGUUAACCUAUUCUAAACCCAUUACAUAUAUUACCUCUGUUCCAUUAUGUUCACUUUUUAAAGGUAUGCAGCAGCAUUAAGAACAUAAACCUAAAGGUAGAAUUUAAAAAGAAAAGUGUUGCAAUCAUUUUCAACAAUGUAAUAACCAUUUUUUAAUCCCACCAAAAAUUUUCCUUAAAAAAACGUCUUCUGUCACCCACCAUUGUAAAAUUGCUCACACAUUAUGUUGUAACUGUUAAUUCCAUUUAUUUUUCUUCACUUCUCCCAUUCCUGCUUUUUGACCAAGAUAUAAAUAUUGGCACAAGUCUUGAUCAUAAGGAGGAUGUAACUCCAAUAACAGCCAAGUCCUUAUCCUAUUUCCUUACUUAUUUAAUUCCAUGUUUAUACUAAUCAAUUGACUCCGAUUGUUAAAAAAAUUAUAAUUUCCACUACAGGACAAAUACAUAUAAAUAAUACGUUCAAAUAAUUAUGAGCUUCUUAUAAUUUUAGUGGGGUGAGUAAAGUUUUUUCCCCCAACUCAUAUAAUUAGUAUAUAUACAUGUAUGUUAACGGUAAACAGAUAUGCAAUAUGUAUGCUUCUCAAUUUGAUCAUAAGAGCUCCUACAAGAAACAUCAUCAUUGACAGUUAAAUCAUCCAUCACAGGAUAUUGUCACAUUUCAAGCAGUUGAAUAUUAUUGAAUAGUUUGAUUCCAUAAUUUUUAUAUUUAUCAGAUCCAUUGAGUUACAUUUUAUUUUUUUAUAGAUUUUACUAUUGUAUUCUGCCAUGUUGUUUAAUCCAUGAGUUUGUUGAAUGCAUUCUGGUAAAGGGUCACAAAUUUAUUUUACAUUACUCAUCUGCACAAACAGAUGAAAGAAUGUAAAUAUUCACAUAAAGAAAAAAAAUCAUCUCCCCCUCCCCCCAGUAUUGUUGUUUGGUAUGUGUGUGUGUGGUUAUAUUUGUUAGGGUUGUUGUAAGCUAACCAUUCUUAGAAUAAAGAAAUAUAUGGGUAAAUGUACUUUUGCUUCUAAUCUUAAGAAAACAGUAACAUCAUGGCUGAAGAUUUAGAAGAUAAGCUUUUUUUGCUUGUUUAGCACUUCUCAGUGCAUUUAACUUUAAGUUGUUUCUAAGACAGUGGCUAUUGUCUAAGAUGUCAAUCAAUUUAAGAUUCACAUGUCAAAUUUAAAAAAACUAUUUUUAUGAUUGUAUUUUUAUUUUUCUGCAUCACUACUUUCAAAUGGGCAAAUAAUUUUACCUAAAAUGCAAAAGAGAAACUGUGCAAAUUAAGUAAUUAAAAUAUAAAUUAAUGCAUUAAUGAAAGCAAGCGUGUUUUUUUUACCUUUCAGUAGUUUUACGCCUCACAAGCAAGUGAUUUUUGAGAGCUUUGUCAUUUUGUGAUAGAAAUCAUGGCGGUCUGGGUUUUUUGUUCCAUUUACUUACUUUAAAAAUUUCCACCUAUAUGUUCCCACUCAUUUCUUUCCUAUAAUGUUACUAAUUUAAAAUUAACACCACUUUGUGAUCUACAGAUCUGUUUAUUUAUUUCUAGAAUGAUCUCCCUUGCAUCAAUUUCAUUUUAAAGAGUAGAUUUAUGAUGUGCAUCUACAAUGAAAUCCGUCCUUAAGGAAUCGAUAUUUUAAAGAUAAUGUACUUUAUUAGAAAAAGUCGUUUGAAAAAUUAUUUUUUUGUCUUACUUCAUACAAAAUUAUGAAUAUACCCAUAUUCAUGUAGAUUAAUAUUUUU